GAAACACAUCGUCGAGGCAUAUUGAGUUGUUGAUUUCGUGAAAAAAAGCACAACGCAGCUCCGGGGUGGCUUAUAAUUUAUAUCUAUCCUGACAUCUUAUUCCUUGAUACCUUCUAACAAAGACCGGCUGUACAUUGCGCUUUAUGCUCGAGGUGGAGCACCCACGAUGCCGGGUGCAGAAGAUACAUACCACUGGGCUAUCAUAACGGGACCCAAAACCGAAGUCGAAGAUGGGCGAGGCAUGCGGUAUCAUGCCAAAGAGCGGCCGAGCGGUCCAGGCAAAAUGGAGUGGUUCUUUGAAGAGCGCGAGGUGCCGCUUGCCGCCACCAACAUGCUGCUUGUCCGGGUCAUGAUUGGCAAGGUCGAGAAGCGCGAUCGGCUUAUAAAUAUUCUGCGGAGUGUGCCUAUUCGACAAAACGUCCAGGGUUGGAAUUGCGUGUGGUGGGUGAAGGAGGCUUUGGAGCUGCUCAGGGCUGAUGGGAAAGCGCUGGGAACGAGCAUACUUGAAUGGAAAUCCGUUAGGGAUUGCGCAAUGGCAUACUGUCAGGCGAAAAAGGACAAGCAUCGCUUCGAUGGCAAGGUCAAAUAUGACAUGACAAAGGCUGCCACCUUUGACUUGAUUGAGGGAAAGGAGACAAUACCCUGAGAGUCAGAAGGAGCGACAGAGACUCGGGCCUGUAAUCUGUCACAUUAGCUCGGGGAAAAACACAACCAAGUUCGAUUUUCCCUUACUAUUGAUGCUCAAAAAUCGCCAAAAUAUUUUAGUCUAAUCUGCUCCAUAGCCAAUUCUCUAGGC